UAGCAACGAAAGAUAUUCUACUUUUUAAAAAGAUAUGAGUGGGUUGGAGUAGAUCGCGUAAUUGUUCACACACAUUCGUGCACUUCCGACUCGUGUGUAAGCGUGUGAUCGAGUGUCGAUCGUUGUUUAAUAUAGUAUAAAAGAUGGGUGAACCUUCAGGAUUAACAAAUAGUGAAGCGAGGGAACUUUGUAAGGAACCUGAUCCUGCAACAAAUGGAUACAUUAUGCAACAAACAAUGUAUCGUAUUAAAGAUCCAAGAAAAUCAUUACCUUUUUAUACCAAAGUACUCGGUAUGCAUUUAUUACAAAAACUUGAUUUCCCUGAAAUGAAAUUCUCUUUAUACUUUAUGGGAUAUGAAAAUCCAAAGGAUAUACCUACAGACAGAAGAGAAAGUAUUGAAUGGACAUUUACCCGCAAAGCCACUAUAGAACUUACUCAUAAUUGGGGAACAGAAACUGAUCCUGAUGCUAAGUAUCAUAAUGGAAACACUGAACCUCGUGGAUUUGGUCAUAUUGGAAUCACAGUACCUGAUGUUGACAAAGCAUGCCAAAGAUUUGAAAAACUAAAUGUAGAGUUUGUGAAGAAACCUAAUGAUGGUAAGAUGAAAGGAAUUGCCUUUAUUAAAGAUCCAGAUGGCUACUGGAUCGAGAUCAUGAGUGGAUCCAAUGUUGCAAAUGUAGUACUAAAUCAUUAAUGUAUUUUAUACAGAGUAAUUUUUUUGAGUCGCGUAAAAUGUAUCGAUUUUAUUAAACACUAAACAAUUAGAGGUAAUAUCAAACAAUCAAAUAUAUAUGUAUGCAUAUGUGUAUAUAUAAAGUUAGCAGAGUUGAGCAUUAAUUAACUAAUUCUUUUUAAUUAAUCGAAUAUAUAAUGCAAUGCGAUAAUUGAUCACGAUUAACGUUAGUUAAUUUCUGAAAUUAUUUAAUCGUGAUUCUUGACGAUUAAAUUAAUCAUUAAUUAAUGGUUAUUCUUUAAUGAUGUCACGUUGAAUAUUUUCUUUAUUACUUUUUUUAACUUUUAAAAUAAGUCUUCAGAGAUAUAUUUUUAAAUAAAAUGUUAAAAUUUUCGAUAUUUUCGACUUAAUACUAUUAAAGAAUAGCCAUUAAUUUAAUCAAUGAUGAUUAAUUUAAUAAACCAAAAAUUAGAUUAAUUCAAUGAUUUUUCUAUAUAAAUAAUAUGCAGCAUCAGAGAAAUGAAUGAUUAAUUUAACUGGCAAUCGUCGUGGGCUUCGUCGUAGGGAUUCGUCACUAUCCAUUUCGAUCAUAAUUAAUUUAAUUUUGUCUAACACUGGUAUUAAGAUUGUAAUUACUUUUAUUUAUGUGCACUAUAUUUUAUAGCACCUGUACAUUCUUAUAUGACAUCGUGUAACAUAUAUAAUUUAUAUAUAAUGUAACAUCUACAUGCUUUUUGGUAAAUAAAAUCAAAAUAUUUAUUUUUCAA